AUGACUUCAACAAUUUUUUUUGGUUUUAUCUUUCCAGAUUCAUCCACCAGAGCCAAAUUCAACCCUGUCAAGCUGUUUUCCUCAAAAAAGCCAUUACAGAACGUCUUGAGUACGUUUGCUAAGAUGACAAAUUUAAAAACCCCAACUGCUGGAUCCCCUGCCGUCGCUGAAGCUUCCAAAAAGCCAAAUGGCGCCGAGCUUUAUGAGCUUAUGAAAAGACCAACUAAGAUUGUGGCUCCAAUGGUAGAUCAAAGUGAGUUGGCUUGGAGAAUAUUGAGUAGAAAGUAUGGGGCCACUUUGUGCUACACUCCGAUGCUUCAUGCUAGACUUUUUGCCCAAGAUAAGAAGUAUCGUCUAGACAAUUUUUGUUCGUUUGACGGUGAUGCAAAGCUUGAUCGUCCAUUGGUGGUGCAAUUUUGUGCAAAUGAUCCAGAAUAUUUACUUGAAGCUGCAAAGCACGUGGAAGAUCAUUGUGAUGCGGUGGAUUUGAACUUGGGGUGCCCUCAAGGGAUUGCCAGAAAGGGGAAGUAUGGUGCUUAUCUUAUGGACGAGUGGGAACUUAUUCCGAAAUUAAUUGGUACCCUUCAUGAGAACUUGAAAGUGCCGGUUACCGCCAAAAUAAGAGUCUAUCCAAGCAACUCUAAAAAUGCCAGUACUGGGCCAGGACAAAAAGUGGCAAACGGAGCAAAUGAUGAAGAUUUUGACAAGGAGAAAACUUUACAAUAUGCGAGAAUGGUACUCAAAGCCGGGGCGCAAAUUUUAACGGUCCAUGGAAGAACCAGAGACAUGAAAGGUCAAAUGACUGGGGUUGCAAAUUGGAACAUUUUGAAGUAUUUGUAUGAAGAGCUAUCUAAAGAAUUCGAGGAUAUUGACAAGAAGUUGAUUUUUUUUAGCAACGGCAAUAUUUUAUACCCAGAAGAUAUCCAGCGUUCCUUGGACUAUAUUGGAUGCCAGGGAGUAAUGAGUGCUGAGGCUAACUUGUAUAAUCCAGGAAUUUUCCUGAACGUAUUCCCUGAGGGCACCAGUGAAGAAGAAAUCAAGGAAAGGCAAUUUCCAAGAGUAGAUAAGAUUGCUCGUGAAUAUUUAGAAAUCAUCAAGUCUGUGCAACCGGAAUCUGUGGCAUCCAAGCACGCAAUCAAGGCGCAUUUUUUCAAACUUUUGAGACCAUUUGUUGAUGUUCAUAAAGAUAUUCGUCAGAAGAUUGCCACAACAUCCGUCAAAGGACCUUUGGAAGAUUGGGAGGCGAUUGUAAGGGUAGUGGAGGAAACUGUGUCCAAAAUAUUUGAGGAUCCAGAAAUCCAGGAUAAAGAUAAGAUCAUCAUUGGACCAAAGGAAUGGUGGGGUGGUAGUUACAAAACUAUUCCAUAUUGGAGAUGUCAACCUUAUUUUAGAAAAGUUGAUGGUAAGUUGGUGGUUGAGGAUAUCAAGGAGAAAAAGUUAACUAAUUUGGAAAACGGGUUAAAGAGAAAGCAGGAAGACGGGGAAGGUAACGAGGAAGGAUCCAAAGAUUGUAAAAAACAACAAACGACCAAGACCACUGCUUGA